AGCCAAUCGGCUGUGGAAGGCAGAGUUGUCCCUGUGGCCGCCAUUAAAGAAAGGAAUCCAUGAAUUCAAAUGAAAACCAACAGGAACCGAGGCUGAAAUAAUGAUCUAAAUGAUCAUUAAACCGUGGGCCUGCGCCAGAUUUCGAGGGGCUGUAGCAGGAUGGAUUUUAUUUUGAAGCAGGAUUGUGCGGCGGAGGAGUGAAACUGGACGUUUUUAUUUAUUUAUUUAUUUAUUUUAAAGCGCAGACCGUUUUAGGGCUAAGGGGGAGGGGGAGAGUUGCCUCUUUGCUCUCCUUUCCUUUUCUUUUUUUCUUUUAUGAACAUUUUUACGCUUCCUUCCAUUUAGUUUGGCUGAGCACUUUUAGAAAUGUCUACUUAGGGCACGGGCAGCCUCUUUUAUCUGUUUUUUUUUUUUUUAAGCUCCCGGUGGAGGAAACUGCCAUUCGAAAGGUUGUUGAGAGAUAACUAUCCUCCAAUCAAAUGUUACAAAAAGAAAUCUCUCGUUGAUUGAGGAGCUUGGACAUCCCUGAGACCGCAAACCCGAAAACCGCUCUUUAUUUCCCCGAGACAAUGGAAAGAAGGAUCUCGCAGUGAAGAAGGAUGAGUUCUUGUAGCGUUCCGAACGGGGCCAGCUUGGAGGAUUGCCAUUCCAAUCUAUUUUAUCUGGCUGACUUGACAGGGAUCAAAUGGAAGAUGUUUGUGUGGCAGGGCCCCACCUCUGCUCCCAUCCUCUUCCCGGUGACAGAGGAGGACCCCAUCCUUUGCAGCUUCAGUCGCUGCCUGAAGGCCGACGUGCUGAGCGUGUGGAGGCGCAGCCAGCGACCAGGCCGGAGGGAGCUGUGGCUCUUCUGGUGGGGAGACGACCCCAACUUCACUGAGCUGAUCCACCAUGAGCUCACAGCCGGGGACGACGGCCUGUGGGAGAAUGGCCUCCCCUAUGAAUGUCGCACUUUGCUGUUCAAAGCCAUCCACAACCUGCUGGAGCGCUGUCUCAUGAACCGCAGCUUUGUCCGCAUAGGCAAGUGGUUUGUCAAGCCCUACGAGAAGGACGAAAAGCCUGUCAACAAGAGUGAGCAUCUUUCCUGCGCCUUCACUUUCUUUUUGCACGGGGAAAGCAAUGUGUGCACCAGUGUGGAGAUCAACCAGCAUCAGCCCAUCUACCAUCUCACAGAGGAGCACCUCACUCUGGCCCAGCAGGCAUCCACUCCAUUUCAAGUCAUCCUGAGUCCAUUCGGCCUGAACGGGACACUCACGGGCCAAUCAUUCAAGAUGUCAGACCCUCCCACCCAGAAACUGAUUGAGGAGUGGAACCAGUUCUAUCCCAUAAGUCCCAGUGCUAAACAGACUGUAUCAGAGGACAAGCCUGAGGACAUGGACUGGGAGGAUGACUCUCUGGCCUCCGUGGAGGUCCUUGUUGGUGGUGUGCGUAUGGUAUACCCAGCCUGUCUGGUGCUGGUACCCCAAUCGGACAUCCCUGUUGUGACCCCUGUGGGGUCCUCUCAGUGUACUGCCGUCUACUCGGGUGGCUAUCAAGUGCCUGCUAUGCAGCGAGAGCCUGCCAUGUCUUUGGUGACCCUCACACCUCCCACAUCACCUGAGGAGGUGCACACAGUGGACUCUCACUCUGCCCAGAAGUGGCUAAAGAUGCCUUCAUCUUCAGAUGUGUUUAGCGUGGACAGAACAAAUCACCACGGGGGAAAGGUUCCCCGUCGGCUCGCCAGUCAGGUGGUGGAGCGUGUCUGGCAAGAGUGCAAUAUCAACCGAGCCCAGAACAAGCGGAAGUUUUCUGCAACAACUAAUUGUACUGGUGAGGAAGAGGUGCCGGAGAAAGUGGGAGCCUGGGAUUUUGUGGAGCCUUCACAGAGGUCGUAUUGUGUCUGUUCCAGACACAAGUCAGUAAAGCAGCGAGCUGGUGGCGCCCAAGGUCUAACGCAGUCAAUGGGACAGCCCUCACAACCCCCAACCAAGCACAAAACUGGAGGAGAAAAGGUGGAUAAAGGUGAAAAGCAACAGAAAAGACCUCAAACUCCCUUCCAUCAUCGCAACUUGACCAGCGAUGAGACAUCUAUGGAGACGGAAGCAGCAGUAGGCCAGAGACUAAACUUGAGAGGUCAGGACGGAGGACGCUUUCGCUCUGCAAAUGUCACCACCAUUCCCAAAGCCCCCCAACUCCAAAGUGGGAGGAUCAGCACUGGCCCCUCGGAACAGGUCAACUCCCCCCAACCCCCACCACUUAGCCCGCACCCCUGUGACCGUGGAGAGGAGUCAGGGGAGGGCAUGAGGAACCCUUCAACACCCAACAACCAACACUUUUACCAGCCACCCUUGGAGCCCUGCCUCAUUGGGGUGAAAGGUGGCGGCGAGGACGCCGGGGGCCUGGUGUGUUUGAAUCAGCACUUCCACUCCACUCACCCCCACCCUCAUUCUGGGACCUCAGCUCUCACGGAGCCCCCAGAGCCCACUGUGUAUGUCAGCGCAGCGGUUAAUCUGGAAGAUGACAGCUCUCUUACACCAUGGAGGUUAUAUAACCUUCCCCGCAGGAAAGAGGCAGAGGUGCCCACGCCCGUGCUGCCCAUUGACAGGCUGAGGGAUGAGAUCCUACCACAGGAACUGGUGUCAGUCACAGAAUUGAUGUCCACGUCUAAAUAUACGCUGAAAGUGUCCGAGGAGCGCGUUCAAAGAUACAGAGCCAGGAGGAACCAGUAUUUAUCUGCAGCCAUAACCGAUGGAGAGCACGAGCAUGAGGUGGACCCCUAUGCCUUUGAGGAGGGGGACGACAAGUUUGUCUUUUCCAGCAAGAAGGAUAAGUCUGGAGGGGAGCGCGAGCCAGGCAACAAACACAAGAGUGAAGAUGGAGGAGCGGGUCCAUCAGAUGAUGCACAGGGGGCAGUGGGCCACAACCGCAUGGCCUCCACCAGCCUGAUCCACGAGACCGACCUGGUGGUGUCCAUCAACGACCUCGACAACCUCUUCAAUUCGGACGAAGACGAUCUGGCGCCCGGUUCCAAGCGACUUGAGCGAACAGACGAAAAAGGAACCAAAGGACUAACCAGCAAGGAACCAAAAGCAUCCACGCUGGACCAUGUGUCCUGCAUUAGUUCGGCGGAGCUGCACCAGAUGUAUCCCACGCCCCCCUCCCUGGAGCAGCACAUCAUGGGCUACUCGCCAAUGAACAUGUGCAGUAAGGAGUACGGCAGCAUGGAGCCCAACACGGGCAUGACCAUGCUGGACGGCAUCUCCACUUUGGGAGGCCAUUUCAAGAUCGAGGUGGAGGAGAGCUUCUGCAGCCCCAAACCAUCCGAGGUGAAGGACUUUUCUUUCGUAUACAAGCCGGAGCAGUGUCAGCCAUUUGUGGGCUGCUCCAUGUUUGCCCCCCUCAAGACCUUACCCAGCCAGUGUCUGCCCCCCAUUAAGACCCCCGAGGACUGCACUUACCGACCAAGCUGGACAAUGGGCCGGGAGAUGCUCAACCCAGUACCCGUCAUGACCUUCCUCCACAAAGACAGUAACAUCCCCAGUGUGGGCAGCACCAUGGAUCAGGAUUACAGCCAGACCUACACCCCGCAGACCCAAGCCCCGUUUGUAUCCAACAGCGCUCCGCCGAGUAACAGUGGUGCCGGGAUUCUGCCCUCACCCGCCACGCCUCGCUUUGCCCCCACCCCACGCACACCUCGCACCCCACGCACGCCUCGUGGCCCGUCCAGCGUCCAGGGCUCGCUAAAAUACGAGAACUCGGAUCUGUACUCGCCGGCGUCCACCCCCUCCACCUGCCGGCCUCUGAACUCGGUGGAGCCAGCCACGGUCCCCUCCAUCCCAGAAGCGCACAGCCUCUACGUCACGCUCAUCCUCUCCGAGUCGGUCAUGAACCUCUUCAAGGACUGCAACUUUGACAGCUGCUGCAUCUGCGUGUGUAACAUGAAUUUGAAAGGAGCCGACGUCGGCGUGUACCUAAGUGACCCCAUCAGUGAAGCCCAGGAGCCCUGCAGCUGCGGCUUCAGCGCCGUGGUCAACCGCCGCUACGGAAAUGGGUCGGGCCUUUUCCUUGAGGACGAGCUGGACAUCAUCGGCCGCGGCACAGACGUCAGCAGGGAGGUGGAGAAGCGCUUCGAGCAGCUUCGGCUUUCUGGAGUAGGAAGAGGAGAUCGCGUCCCGGAUGAGCUGAUUCUGCUCCUGCAGGAUCAGUGCACUAACCCCUUCUCAGCCAUCGUAACCUUAGAGCACGACGGGGUGAAGCGGGGUCCAAGCGGGGUCCCUGUCCCCCCCUGUGUUAGGGUGGAGGAGAGAGAUUACUGCAGCGACUGCUACAUGGCCCUGAAGCACGGCAGAGAGUUCAUGGACAGCAUGUCGGGUGACAAAGUGGAUGAGGUUCUAGUGAAGAGCACGUGUUUGCACCAGUGGGCCAAAGAAAACACAGUAGACAUGAGCGCUCUGUGCUCUCAGGAUGUGCUGCGGGUUCUCAUGUCCCUCCAGCCUGUUCUUCAGGAUGCAAUCCAGAAGAAGAGGACCGUAAGGUCGUGGGGCGUUCAGGGUCCCCUCACCUGGCAGCAGUUCCACAAAAUGGCUGGUCGGGGCUCUUAUGGCACAGACGAGUCUCCGGAGCCUCUGCCCAUUCCGACCUUCCUGGUGGGUUAUGAGUAUGACUUUUUGGUGCUCUCUCCGUUUGCACUGCCCUAUUGGGAGAAACUGCUGCUUGAUCCAUUUGGCUCCCAGCGGGACAUCGGGUACCUGGUUGUUUGUCCUGACAAUGAGGCCCUACUGAGCGGCGCCAAAAGCUUCUUUCGAGACCUCACAUCCGUCUAUGAGUCGUGUCGCCUGGGGCAGCACCGACCCAUCUCAAGAGGCUACCCUGACGGCAUCGUCCUGGUUGGUGGCAGCGAAGCCCAGAGCCUGGCGGAUAAGCCCGUCAGCGACUGGUUCCUGAAGGCUGCCAGCGGCAACAGUGACGCCUUUACAAAGCUCAAGCUCUAUGCACAAGUGUGCCGCCACAACCUCGCACCAUAUCUUGCCUCGCAGCCAUUAGACAGCUCGCUCCUCACACAACCCUGUCCCCCGCCCACGUCCAACCAGCCCUCCUCAACACAACAGCCUAGCUCUGCCUCCAGCGCUGCCAGCCAUCAGGGCUCCUCCUCUAUUCCUACCAGCAGCAGCGGCGCCGGGUCUGCAAACGCCUCUGCAUCCCUACACAGCCAUUCAGCAUCUUCAGGUCAGCCUGCCAGCACACUCUCAUCUGCCAAACCCAGCUCUUUCCCUCCCUUUGGAAGCAUGGGAAGCCAGGGCUCACAGAACGGCCAGCUGGGACAGCAGGCUGGUGCCCAGAACACUGGCAGCUCAGGGGACACCUCCAACACCCAGACCCAGGGGUCCACAGAGCCCCUUGAGAGCACUUUGGAGCGAGAGAAAGUGGGCGUCCCAACAGACGGGGAGUCCCAUGCUGUCACAUACCCUCCAGCCAUCGUUCUUUACAUCGUGGAUCCUUUUAGCUACGAGGAAGCUGACGGAUGCUCAGGGCAGCUGGACUCCAGCGUGUGGACGCUCAGCCUGCUGCGAUGUUACCUCGAGAUGCUCCAGUCCCUGCCGCCACACAUUCAGAACUCUAUUUCUGUUCAGAUUGUACCUUGCCAGUACCUCCUUCAGCCAGUGCGAGGGGAGCAUUGUCAUAUCUACGCACAGCACCUCAAAUCUUUAGCGUUCUCCGCCUUCACUCAGUGCAGACGGCCGCUGCCUUUUUCCACCAACGUCAAGUCGCUCACGGGUUUCGGUCCGGGCUUGGCCAUCGACACGGCACUGAGGAGCCCAGAGCGACCUGAGCGUCUGCGUCUGUAUACGCCUCCGUUCAUCCUCGCACCCGUCAAGGACAAGCAGACAGAGCUCGGGGAGACCUUCGGUGAGGCAUCGCAGAAGUACAACGUGCUGUUUGUGGCGUACUGUUUGUCCCAUGACCAGCGGUGGCUCCUGGCCACAUGCACUGACCUGUAUGGGGAACUACUGGAGACCUGCAUCAUCAACAUAGAUGUCCCCAACAGGGCAAGGAGGAAAAAGGGCUCAGGUCGGCUUCUCGGGCUGCAGAAGCUCUGGGAAUGGUGCUUGGGACUGGUGCAGAUGACAUCUCUUCCCUGGAGAGUGGUGAUCGGCCGACUGGGGAGGAUAGGGCACGGAGAGUUAAAAGACUGGAGUAUUCUGCUGAGCAGAAGAAGUCUGCAGUCGCUCAGUCGACGCCUGAAGGAAAUGUGUCGCAUGUGUGGAAUCUCUGCCUCAGACACUCCCAGCAUCCUCAGUGUGUGCUUGGUUGCCAUGGAGCCGCAGGGAUCGUUUGUCAUCAUGCCAGAUUCUGUGUCGACUGGGUCUGUGUUUGGCCGAAGCACCACCUUGAACAUGCAGACGUCGCAGCUCAGCACCCCUCAGGACACCUCCUGCACCCACAUCCUGGUGUUUCCCACCUCCGCCUUCGUCCAAAUCACAAGCUCCAGUUACACCAACAUCGACACCAACAUCGACAUUCUCAACGGCACCAACGACGCUAUUGGGAUCUUUGACCUGCUGGAUCCUGAGAACGAGUUAGUGGACCCAGACAUCAUUAACAUCUCUCCCCCCACUUCACCUGUGCACUCCCCCGGCUCUCAUUACCACCACGGAGGGGACGGCAGUAAGGGCCCGAACACCAACCACAUGCCGUCUCUGGAGGAGGUCCCUAACCUUCUGCAGCAGCCCCUGGCCCUGGGAUACUUCGUCUCGACAGCAAAAGCUGGCCCCCUGCCGGACUGGUUCUGGUCGGCCUGUCCGCACGCUCAGAACCAGUGCCCACUCUUCCUCAAGGCCUCUUUGCACCUCCAUGUGUCUUCAGUGCAAUCAGAUGAACUGCUGCAUAGUAAACACUCCCACCCCCUUGACUCUAAUCAGACCUCAGAUGUUCUCAGAUAUGUGUUGGAGCAGUACAACGCCCUCUCCUGGCUGACGUGUGACCCGGCGACGCAGGACCGACGCUCAUGUCUCCCCCUUCACUUCGUGGUGCUCAACCAGAUGUACAACUUCAUCAAGAACAUGUUGUAGCCCGUUCCACGGGGGGUGGGGUGGGCCGUGGGGCACGCCAGAGGAGCGUGGCGUGGCGCGGCUGCUCCAGGGAGGAGGUCCAGCUGAGAGGAGCUCCGCAGUACAGAGCUGGAUCCUGUACGGAGACGGAUCGGCUCCUUUCCCCUGUGUCUUUACCGGCUGAUGCAGUCCUUUCCCUGUGAUGUGUUCAAGACCUUUGUGUAGCUACGAGGGUGCAUUUAGGAGGGGAGAGUCUGUAAAGUUACUGGAGAAAAAGGGACAUAUUUGAUCAAGUUAAGAAAAAUGGAUGCUUGGUUUCAAGAUAUGAAAUUCCUUUUUAAUGCUUUAGAUGAAACGGUAUCAAAAAUGAAAUGCCUGAAUCUAUCUUAUUUAUUGUAAGUUUUUAAAUGUAUAAUUUCUUGUAUUUCCUUAUUCUUAUAUAUAUAUAUAUAUAUAUAUAUAUAUAUAUAUAUAAGAUAAAAAAAUUGGGAAGGUUUAUAUUGCUUUCCUGCUUUAAAGCAAUUGGUCAAGAUGUCUAAGAUAUAUCUAAUCGUCUUAAUAAAACAGCCAGGAAAAGUCCUUUCAAAUGAAAAGUCCCUGUAGGAUGCUUUUAGAGUAUUAUUUUUUUGUAUAAUGGAGACGGAAUAUUUGUAUUGUCACUAUGUACAGAAGAACUAGAGAGCAGAAUUAUGUUCCAUGCAUUUGAGCAUGAAGGACUUGCAGCAAAGCUGUAGCUACAAAGGAUUUGUACCGCAAUGAACUUCACUGUGUUAAAAAAAAGAAGAAGAAAAAAAAGAGGUACAUUGUUGUGUAUAGUAUUUUAUACCACACAUUUAGACACAAAAACCAGAUGGCAAUAUAUAAAAAUAAUUCUAUAAGGAUGCCAUGCCAGCAGUUGGUGGUGUGGCUUCUGUUUUAGGAAAUAAAAUGCGUCAAACUCA